AUGUCGAUGGAUCUCGACUCGGUGUCGAUGGCACCUGCUGCUCAGCGCGAGGUGACCAACGCUACCAUCCUCUGUUGCAACUGUGGCGCUCCCAUUGACGGAACUGUCGCAGCCGGCGCUCUCUGUUACGACUGUAUCAAGCUCACCAUCGACGUCUCGCAAGGCAUCCAAAGAGAAGGAACCCUCCACCAGUGCAGAGAUUGCGACCGUUGGUUGUCUCCUCCCAACCAGUGGCUCGUUGCCCAGCCUGAGUCGCGUGAGCUUCUUGCCCUCUGUCUGCGCAAGCUGCGCGGUCUGAACAAAGUCCGCAUUAUCGACGCCUCCUUCAUCUGGACCGAACCUCACUCUCGUCGUAUCAAGUUGAAGAUCACCAUCCAGCAAGAAGCUUUCCAGGGAACCAUCCUCCAGCAAACCUUCGAAGUCGAGUUCGUUCAGGCCAACCAGCAGUGCCCCGAUUGCCAAAAGAGUUUCACACACAACACAUGGCGCGCCGUCGUCCAGGUCCGCCAAAAGGUCACCCACAAGCGUACUUUCCUCUACCUCGAGCAACUUAUCCUCAAGCACGGUGCUCACCGCGAUGCAAUCAACAUCAAGGAAAUUCACGACGGUAUUGAUUUCUUCUUCUCCGCGAGAAACCACGCAGAGAAGUUUGUGGAUUUCUUGAGCAGUGUCGUACCUAUGAAGAGCAAGAAGUCGCAAGAGCUGAUUUCGAUGAACAUCCACACUUCCGAGAAGACCUACAAGUUCGCUUUCUCUUGCGAGAUUGUGCCCAUCUGUAAAGAUGACUUGGUCGCUCUUCCCAUCAAGCUCGCCAAGCAGAUCGGAAACAUGUUCCCUCUGGCUCUUUGCUACCGUGUUGGUACCGCUGUCAACUUGCUCGACCCUAACACUCUCCAGACCGCCGAGGUCGCUACUCCCAUCUACUGGCGCGCUCCUUUCACUCCCAUCGCAGAUAUUCCCCAGCUUGUCGAGUUCAUUGUCAUGGAUAUUGAGAUAACUGGCCCCACAAAGGGACGUUUCGUUCUCGCCGACUGCACUGUUGCCCGCGCCGCCGAUCUUGGCGUAAACGACACAACAUACUUCUGCCGUACUCACCUCGGUGCUCUUCUGAACCCUGGUGACAGCGUUAUGGGUUACCUUCUCGCAGGAACUCAGUUCAACAACAACGAGUUCGAGGCCAUUGAGCAGAGCAAGACAUACAAGUCCGCCAUUCCCGACGUAAUUCUUGUCAAGAAGCACUACCCUCGUCGCAAGAAGGCUUCCGGCCAAAAGCGAAACUGGAAGCUCAAGCGUAUGGCCAAGGAGGAGAGCGAGAUGGCACCCCGCAAGCAAGACCAGGAGCGCCUCGAGCGCGACUUUGAGCUCUUCUUGCGUGAUGUCGAAGAAGAUGAGGAGCUUCGUCACACCAUGCAAGUCUACAAGGCUCAACAAGAGGCUAACGCCAUGGAGAUGGAGACUGAUGAGGACGAGGAUGAGCAAGGCCCUCAAAUUCCUAUGGACCAACUGCUCGACGAGUUCGAGGAGAUGAACAUGCAAGAUGCCGCAUAA